UUUGCCUUUAGCCGUACAUUUCAGUCAGCUUGUGGAGCUCAACGGCGGCGUUUGCUUCUUUUACAUUAAUUUUUUUCUGUAACAGAAAAAGAAAGUCCUCUCCUGUUUUUCUAAAUUGGUCAAUAUACACUGCGUUCGUGUAGUGUAUUGUGUUGUUGUGAAUUUUUUUUAUAUAAAAAUAAAGUAAAGUGAUUCUUAAAACACAAUGAUCUAUCGUAUUACAUCGCGUAAAUUGCCAGAAGCUCAGAAAUUGAACGCUUUCUUGGCUCAAUAUGUACGUUUCAUCUCAGCUGAUUCCAGCUUGCGUGAUGUGCUCGCCUCGAAAAUUCCCGCUGAACAAGAGCGUGUUAAGAAUUUCAGAAAACAAUAUGGUUCCCAUAAAAUGGGUGAAACCACUAUUGAUAUGGUAAGUAAAGUUUUUUUAAGAUUUUUAUAAAAGUUUUAAAUAAAC